UACCACAUAGCAGAAAGGUUAACAUAUAAAAACUGGACCAUAGAAAACGGAUAUUCAGAAAACGCUGGAUUGUAUACUUAUCCUCGCAGAGCUUUAUUAGCGGGAGUUAAGAACUCUCUCACGGUUAAUCUCAAAACUUCCAAAUCCAACAUUGAUCAUAUAUGUAAAAAUUCUUUCCAAGGAUUUCGAGUAUCACUCCAUCUUCCAUCAAGAAUACCACGACCAAGCCAAGAAUAUUUCAGGGUCCCCCUCAACGAAGUGGUACUAGCAGCAAUUCAUCCAGUCAUGAUUACCACCUCCAAUGCAGUAAAGAUGUAUAACGCAAGACGCAGAGAAUGUUACUUUUCUUCCGAAAAACCCUUGAAGUUCUUCAAAAUGUACACUGGGAAUAACUGCAGGCUGGAAUGUCUGACGAACUAUACACUGUACUAUUGUGGAUGUGUAGACUUCUACAUGCCAAGAAGCCAUGAUACAAAGAUAUGCGGUAUUGGGAACUUAGAUUGCAUGAAUAUAGCUGAAGAAAAGUUCGAACUGGGAGAUUUGCGGAACAAAAUGACGAAAACGUCACACAAACUUUUCAAAAGGAGAAACGUGACUAUGGCUUACAAGAAACCACCAGUGUGUAACUGUAUGCCAUUAUGUUCGGAUUUGUCUUACAAUGUCGAUACUUCUCAGAGCAACUGGGACUGGAUGCAAGUGGUCAAAGCGGAAACCAGGAAUCGUAGCCCAUCCUAUGAAGAAGAAGGGAUGUACGUAUCGAAACUCAUACUAUUCUUCAAGUCCUCCCAGUUCAUUACCUCUCAAAGACACGAGUUGUAUGGCCCCACUGACUUCCUGGCAAACUUUGGUGGCUUACUUGGGCUUUUCACAGGAUUUUCGGUUCUGUCACUAAUGGAAGCUAUUUAUUUCCUGACUGUGAGGCUCUGUUGCAAUUCCAGAUUGUACGGAUAUUGGGCAGGACCACAAAAAUAA